UUUAUCUCCGAAAUUCAAGAAAAAUCAGAAGACUGAAUCGAACAAUCCUAGAGACGCCCGCAUCCUCCUUUAUAUAUAUAUAUAUUGAAUCUUUAGAGUGAGCUUGUUUCUUCUAUCUUCUGGGCGACAUUGACAAAGAGACCAAGCGCCAGGUAACUAAACAUGGGAAAUAAGGCUGCUAAGCCAGAACCAAAGAAGGACGAGAUUCUUGUGAAGGUCAUGCCUCCACUCGACCCUACAUAUGUUCGCUGGCUUGCUCGAGACCUGGAACGAAUCUAUGGCUAUACUCCCAAAUAUCCUUGUGCAGUGAAACCACCAGAUCAUUAUAUCGAGUACAUGCGUUUACAAGGAUGGUUGGAUGUGGACUUGAAUGACCCCGACUUAGCUCAUCUGUUCAAGUAAAUUACAUGUUCUGUACUUAUAAAAGUCUUUCUAUCACUUAAAGCUAAUUUUAUUACUUGAAAUUUGUAGCAAACACAGUAUGCUGACAUUCAAUUAUGCUUGCAUGUAUACAAAUUGUCAAUGUGUUUAAUCUGUA